GGGAAUUUGGCGUCGGACCUCAGGCCCUACGUAAUCUCCGGCGGCGACGGUGGCGCAUGGCGGCCCUAGGACAUCCUGCUCGGGAGAAAUCAGCGACCGAAGGCCCAGGGCUCUCCACGUGCAGUGACACCGCCCCCGGGGAGCACCCCGAACGCCGCGGAGGCGCCGCAGCCUCCAAGAAGCAAAAGAAGAAGAAAAUCCAGAAUGGGGCCUCUGUGGCGAAGGGAGGCGGGAAGGUCUCAGAAAAACCGGCCUCAGAGGAAGCGCCCCUAAGCGCGGAGGCUCAGGCGGAGCAGCUGGCCCGGGAACUGGCGUGGUGUGUGGAACAGCUGGAGCUGGGCCUCAAGAUGCAGAGACCCAGUCCGAAACAGAAAGAGCAGGCUAUUGGGGCAAUCCGAACCCUUCGCAGCGAAAGAACCCCCCUGCCCCGGAAGAGGCAGCUGAUGCAUUCCUUGUUUGGGGACUACAGGGCUCAGAUGGAAGCUGAGCGGUGCGAGGCCCUUCGGGUACUCAGAACUGCAGCCCGCACAGCACAAGUGCAGCCUGUAGGUGAGGCCACCAGAAAGAAGAGUGGAAGGGUCUGCAGGCCUCGCCAGGCGGGGGUAGCCAAGGCCACCCUGGACACUCCUGAUAAAGAGUUUAGGUUCAAUUUCUUUUAGCUUGUCUUCCAUCCUGGAACACUUCCCCUGCCCAGGUAGUGUGGGGGUUUGUCUUGAGUGCAGAGCCUUUCCAGGAAUGCUCUGUCAGACAGAUGUGGGGUUGUUCUGUCCAUGGCUGGUCAUUCGAUCUGGUGCCAUGGCUGUGGGACCCAUGUGAGACCAGCCUAUUGGGUACUGUCAGAUAAGUACAAGACCCAUUUGUAGAUUUUCAGAUGAAAUGUUCUUCUCCUCAGAAGAAGGAGGUCCGUUUAAAAAAGCUUCUACAAUAACCUGAAGUGAGUGUUCAGCAUGUUGUAGAAAGAAUGUUUUACUCAGUCUUUAGGCUGAGCUUAAGCAGCUGUUUGUAGUAAGGACUACGGAGGAAGCUAUGUAACUGCAUACUGGUGCUCCAAUGCCCUGUCAAAUGGUGUAGUGCUUUAUGUCAUAAUGUCACGUUGCACUAAUAAAACUAUUUUUGGUAAAAAUGGA